AUAUUUAUUAAUUACCAGUAUCUAACAGUGGAAAUAUGUGUUAGCUUGUAAGAACAUAUAUGGUGUUUUCUGGUGUACUAAGAACAUGGUGUUGUACCUUUGUUACUGCUUUCAUGACCACACACACGUGUGGAUAAGUUUAGUGGAGGAAAAUUCAUUAUUUUUAUUUUAAUCUCUUACUAGUUUGUUUGAGAUGUGGAACUGGAUUAAAAUUCUGUCUAUAAAAUGACUACAAGAUUAUCGUAUUCGGUAUCACUUUAUAAACUUGAGAGCAUAAGCCACUGUGCUAUAUAUUUUCAAUAUAUAAAACCGUUAAAUUUGCAACAUAAAACAACUAAUUAAUUUCUUUUACAUGUGAAAAUUUAGAAGGUUUUUCAUUUUUGGUUGGUUGGGGUCAAAAGACGAGUUUGAAGACAGUGAACCUUUAUUGCCUGCAAGACCAAGUAUUGGCAAAUUGAACCAAAGAGGGGGAAUGUUAGCAUGAUUGAAACAAAGGUGGAGUAACAUCUAUGGUGCCAUUUUUGGAGAAAUUUUUCCCAGAUGUGUACACCAAGAUGAAGCAAGACACCAAGGUUAGCAACUACUGCAAAUUUGAUAGCCAGCUCCUAACAGCAUUCACUUCAUCACUGUACAUAGCAGGCCUUAUAGCAUCCUUCUUUGCCUCAUCAGUCACAAGAGCCUUUGGCCGAAAACCAUCAAUCCUCAUAGGUGGUGCUGCAUUCCUCAUUGGAGCAGCUCUUGGUGGUGCAGCUCUCAACAUAUACAUGCUUAUACUUGGUCGAGUUAUGCUUGGAGUUGGGAUUGGAUUUGCCAAUCAGUCAGCUCCAUUAUAUCUCUCUGAAAUGGCACCUCCAAGAUACAGAGGUGCCAUAAACACUGGUUUCCAGCUUUGUGUUGGCAUUGGUGUUCUAUCAGCUAAUCUGGUCAACUUUGGCACAGAAAAGAUCAAAGCUGGUUGGGGUUGGCGCAUUUCUCUAGUUAUGGCAGCAGUUCCAGCCUCAAUGCUCACUUUUGGGUCACUUUUCCUACCAGAAACACCAAACAGCAUAAUCCAACACGACAAGAACCAUCAGAAGGCUAAGUUAAUGCUGCAACGAAUCCGCGGCACCGAUGAUGUCCAACAAGAACUUGAAGACCUAAUUGAAGCAAGUGAGAUGUCAAAUUCCAUCAAACACCCAUUUAAGAACAUCUUGCAUAGAAAAUAUAGGCCUCAACUUGUCAUGGCAAUAGCCAUACCCUUCUUCCAACAAUUCACAGGAAUCAAUGUCAUAUCCUUCUAUGCUCCAAUCCUCUUCCUAACAAUCGGAUUAGGAGAAAGCGCUUCGCUUCUUCUUUCAGCAGUUGUGACUGGAUUUGUAGGCACUGCUUCAACAUUCAUAUCAAUGCUCAUGGUUGAUAGACUAGGCAGAAGAGUCUUGUUCAUAUCUGGGGGAAUUCAGAUGUUCUUCUCACAAGUUUUAAUAGGGAGCAUCAUGGCAACUCAACUUGGUGACCAUGGUGAAAUAGACAAGAAAUAUGCAUAUUUGAUUCUAGUUUUGAUAUGCAUAUAUGUUGCUGGAUUUGCAUGGUCUUGGGGGCCACUAGGAUGGUUGGUUCCUAGUGAGAUUUUCCAACUGGAGAUUAGAUCAGCAGCACAAAGUAUUACAGUUGCUGUGAACUUUUUCUUCACCUUCAUAGUUGCUCAAACUUUUCUCAUCAUGCUAUGCCAUUUCAAGUUUGGCACUUUUUUCUUUUUUGGGGGAUGGGUGGUGGUGAUGACAGCAUUUGUGUACUUGCUGUUACCAGAGACCAGGAAUGUGCCAAUUGAGCAAAUGGAUAGGGUAUGGAGAGAACAUUUUUUUUGGAAAAGAAUUGUGGGACAAAGGAGUUAAGGCACCAAGAUAGUGGUGCCUUGAUAUAUAUCACUCCACAAUUAAGCAAGUUACAAGUAGUCAAAUGCUUCUCAUGUUAGUAUGACUAAUUUCUAUAAUUUGAUUGCCAAGUUGCCUCGAUCAAA